UGCACCCUAUUGCAAAUAUCGUCUCUAUGGCUGGUAACAUGCUGCAGGAGUUUUUGAUAGCAGAAGACAAGGAACCAGUGAAACCUCUCCCUCCCAUCUCGCACCAGUGGCGUCCACCUGAGCUGAAUCAGUACAAAGUGAACUUUGAUGCUGCUGUAUUCAGAACCACAAAUUCGGCUGGAAUUGGAGUUAUUGUUCGAGAUUGGAGGGGUGAACUUGGUGCGCUGUGGCUCACUCCAUCGCUGAUAUGGAGGCUUUGGCAGGCUGAGUUUGGGCUUCAAACAGUUGUUUUUGAAGGGGAUUCAACUAUGGUUAUCAAUGCCAUAGACCAAGGCAAUGCUGGAUUCUCAACCUAUGGAAACGUCAUUGAAGACAUACGCUGUCAAGCCGUGCUUUUUCAGUCCUCUGUGUUCAACCAUGUUAAUCGUUCUUGUAACUGUGUUGCUGUUGCUUUAGCAAAAAAAGCUAAAAGGGGUUGGGGUCCCAGGUGUGGCUUGUUGAUCCACCUGAGGAUAUUACCUCUCUUUUGCUAUUUGAUGUCCAUUGAACAUGCUUUAUUAAUAUUAGCCCAGACUUCUUGUCUGGUUUCUCAGAAAAAAAAGGUCUAAGUCUCACCUAUGCCUCAACACAAGCAUCACAUGGGAUGAUGAGGUGUAAGAUGUUAACCUAACAUUGCAAAAUAAUUACAGUAUUUGUUGAUUUCUAUUAGUGACAUUAUUAACUUUACGAAUUUUGUUGUCAAUCACAAUAAAAAAGCUUUUCCUCUUCAUUCUUUGUUCUUUAAAUUGCAAGGAGUCUCAUUGACAGCUCUAAUCAAACAUAUGGUGGGCAAUCCAUUCAUAAAUGUACACUUAAGAGAAAAAGAUAGUGCAACAAUUAAUAGAACUUGAAUUAAGAAGAAAGACAGCG